AUGAACAGGUAUGGCCGCCAAACCACCUCCCUUGUCCUGUAUUUCAACUUCCAUUUCUUCUUGUCCUUGUUCUGCUACCAUCCUCUUCCCAUGGUCUUCUCUCAACUCUCCUCAAACCAGAAAACCGCCAUGAUCCAUCUCUCCAACAACCUCAACACUCCAACUAGAGUUGUUCCAUGGGACGUCAACAAAGAACCAAACCCAUGUUUGUGGACGGGAGUUCGGUGCAAUCCCCCGACCAAUUCAUCCGUCAUCCAGAUUUCUCUGUCCGGGUAUUCUCUAUCUUCCUCGGACUUUCUGCCCCUCGUUUGCCGGAUUGAGUCACUGCAGAUUCUAGAUGUGUCCUACAACCGUCUGACCACAAUUCCGUCUGGGUUUUUCUCAGAUUGUGGAAAGCUAGGUGGGUUAAAGCUGCUCAAUUUUAGUGUGAACAAUUUGGUGGGUCGUCUGCCCGAUUUUGUUGGGUUUUCGGGGUUGGAGGCUUUGGACUUUGCUCGGAAUAACUUGAGUGGAAACAUUGACUCCGAGUUGGACGGGUUGGUCAAUCUCAGAAGCUUGAACCUUACCUUCAACCGUUUUACUGGGUCUGUUCCAACGCGUCUCGGAAAGUCCAAGGUUUUGGAGGAGCUUGAGCUUUCUAUGAAUAUGUUUGAUGGUCCCAUCUCUGUUCAAAUUGUGGGAUAUCAGAAUUUAACUCUCAUUGAUCUUAGUGGAAAUCAGCUUUCCGGGAUUGUUCCUGCUGGAAUCGGAGAGCUCUCCAAGUUGGAGGUUUUGAUUCUUUCGGCCAAUAAGUUAUCCGGCGGAAUCCCACAAAGCAUUUCCAAUAUCACCAGCCUCUGGAGAUUUGCGGAAAAUUCUAACAAUUUCAAUGAGACGAUUCCUGGUGGCAUUGCAAGGCAUCUGAAAACCUUGGACCUCAGUCAUAAUAACUUGAGUGGGUCGAUUCCAUCGGACCUCUUGUCAUCAUCGAAUCUGCAGACACUGGAUUUGUCGAAUAAUAGAUUGGAGGGACAGAUACCGCCAGUUGUAUCUCCGAGCUUGGUCAGGUUGAGACUGGGAAGCAAUUCGCUCGAUGGUGUAAUACCUACCGCGACGAUUGCAACACUGAAAAAACUAACAUACUUGGAGCUGGAAAACAAUAACUUGACUGGAUUGAUUUCUCCUGAAUUGGGUGAUUGCCGGAAUUUGGCGCUGCUGAAUUUGGCUCACAAUCACCUGUCCGGGGCUUUACCAGCAGAUUUGGGUAACCUUGGCAGUCUUGAGGUCUUGAGACUUGAAUCGAACAAUUUGAGUGGUGGAAUUCCAAUUCAAAUUACACAACUACCCAAGUUGUCCGUUCUGAAUAUCAGCUGGAAUUCUCUCAACGGCUCAAUACCACCUUCAGUUUCACACAUGCGGAGUCUUAUUAUCAUGAACUUACAAGGCAACAAGCUCAGCGGUUCCAUUCCCGUCGGUAUUGCCUCCAUGAAUUCUCUGAUGGAACUCCAACUUGGAGAAAAUCAAUUAAGUGGUGACAUUCCAAGAAUGCCGGCGAAUUUACAGAUUGCUUUGAAUCUCAGCAGCAAUCUUUUUCAAGGACCUAUUCCGGAAACUCUUUCGAGGCUCAGUGGAUUAGAAAUUGUGGAUCUCUCAAAUAACAAAUUCUCAGGAAAGAUACCUGAUUUUUUUACUGGAAUGGGAGCCUUGACACAGUUGUUACUAUCUAACAAUGAGCUCUCUGGAGAAAUUCCGGAUUUCGCUUCUUGGGUCAUGGUCGACACAAGUGGGAACAAGGGUUUGACUAACAGAACAACAAGAAGCACUCCAACCCAAACGGAGAAGAAAAAUUCAUAUGCAGUUUUGACAAUUGUUCUUGCAGUUGUAGCAGCUGUGAUUACCUUUGGAGGAAUUGUUGGUUAUUUUAAUUAUAUUUAA